AUGGGCAGUAUUAGUGCAGGACUUGGGAAUUGUAUGGAGUGCUGGCAACCCCCACCUGCAGGCUACUAUAAAAUGAAUAUAGAUGUGGCGAUGGAUACCGGCCGCAGGUGUAUGGGCUUUGGAUGGGUUGUUCGAGACGAAUUUGGCGCAAUUGUUGGAGUUCUCAUGUCCAGGAUUAAUGGUUUGUAUUCGGUCAAAGAGGCUGAGGCUAUGGGUGCUCGGGAGGCUCUUAGUUGGUUAAAGCAAAAGGGUUGGGCGCAAGUAAUUCUUGAAACUGAUGCUCAAGUGGUAACUCAAGCUGUCUACAAUGGCGAAUUCCUAAUUCCUUUUGGGUCCAUUAUCCAUGAAAUUCGUGAUCUUUUAAGUGAUUUGUCUUCAGUUCAUUUUCGGUUUGUUAGACGUAGUAGUAAUACGUUUGCUCAUGUUAUAGCCAAAAGAGCUCUUAGUACUGUUGGGUGGGAGCGGGUUGAAUACCUGGACUCUUUACCUCGUUUUCUUUCUUCGUUUGGUUUUAAUUUAAUAUGA